UUGAGAUUAAUUUAAAAAUCGAUAGAAACCAUAUCGACAGCAUCGCAACAAAAACUUUCUUAAAACUAAACGAAAUUAUUUGUUUUUUUAUAUACUUAUUUUAAAUGGAGUUCUUGCUAAAAAGAUAUGCGCAGUCACAUAACAUUACCCGACUUGAAGCUAACCUUUUGCCCUCUAGUUUCCAAAAGACACCCGCAUUAAGCCCGAACCCAAUCGUUUUAAAUAAAUCGGAUAAAUUCAAUGGCCUAGAUGGUGAGAUUGACUCAACAAUUAAAAUCAUCUGGAAAAAUGGUAAUGUUGACAAACGGCGUACUAAUCGACAUAAGUGCAACAAGAACCUUCUACUGCGGGGGCUUGACGAGCCUUCGAACAGAAAUGAUAACUGCGUACUGCACGUCCACUACAAUGGACGGGAGGCGGCCUUGGUGUGCCAGGUAAAAACGGCUAAUUUGAGUUCACUAAAAGAACGUUUGUCACCAUUACUUAAGGAUUAUAAGUCGCGCUUUCGUGCAGUGCACGGGGAGAAAAGACUCUUUAAGCAAAUGGGCUUUAUCCAUGUACUAAUGACGGGUCACUCUGUAGUGGACUUUGCCAACUUGGAAGAGCACCUUCAUAAAGUGUCGCUGUCGUGCCAGGCGGAAAGCUGUCGAAUUGUGAGCAUAGAAAUGGGCGCAUUAUGUUUUCGAUGCCAUCCAGCACACAUAUCCAAAGUGGCCGGCAAUCUGAGGCAGUUUGGCUACAACCCGCUUCUCACUGAAAUUGGUUAUUGCCCUAUCGAGCCGUUGGUGAAGCUGCGACCACCAGAGUUGACACGCUAUUCAGAGUUCCUUAAGCAGUUACAAGCAGACGCAGAUAUUGUGAAGGUCUAUGACAAUGUGCAAAACUCCGUGCUGCAAUCCAUGUACACCAAUUGAAUUGGCAGCUGGCAAAUUUAUGUGUGGGCGAUGAAUAAAAGGGCAGCUCCUUGUUGCCGCGACUUGUAUCCAUUUGCUC